ACUCCGCACCGCACUGGUAGCUAAGUCACUCAACUCGGGCUCAUAUCCUCCAAGGAUGGUGUAUAUCCAAUGAUCAACACACGGAUGAUAUCAACCUCAGUUCCUGCAAGUCUUGAAAAGGAAAAAUGUGAAGAAACCAUUCAAAAAGUUGUGAGUCCUGAAGUGUACCUCAAGCAUCCGCUACAGAACAGGUGGGCUCUUUGGUUUUUCAAGAAUGACAAAAGCAAAACAUGGCAAGCUAACCUUCGUCUCAUCUCCAAAUUUGACACUGUGGAAGACUUCUGGGCAUUGUACAACCACAUUCAGCUAUCAAGUAACUUGAUGUCUGGCUGUGACUACUCACUGUUUAAGGAUGGGAUUGAGCCCAUGUGGGAGGAUGAACGGAACCGGCGAGGUGGCCGCUGGCUGAUAACUCUGUCCAAGCAUCAGCGCAAAUCAGACCUUGACCGGUUCUGGUUGGAGACGCUCUUGUGUCUUGUUGGUGAAGCUUUUGAUGACUACAGUGACGAUGUUUGUGGAGCUGUCAUUAACAUCCGAGCCAAAGGAGACAAAAUAGCAAUAUGGACCACAGACUUCGAAAACAAAGAGGCCAUCACACACAUAGGGCGUGUGUAUAAAGAGAGAUUAGGCGUUCCGCCAAAAGUGAUCAUCGGAUACCAGUCACACGCGGACACAGCCACAAAGAGCGGCUCCACAACCAAGAACAAGUUUGUUGCCUGAGGACCAUUGUCAAAAUCGUCACCUAUUUUCUGUAAUUCUUCCAUGAAAGUAACAGACAGGUUUAUCAACCAAAAACCAUUGUAAGAGAUUAAAUUUCUUGCUUUUUGUUUGCUUAAUUGCUGCCACUUGACCAAAGCUUUUGUUUAUGGUGAGUGUGUAGUGACGGUGUGUGUGUGGAGCUGUCUUUAAUCUGUCCUUUUGAGAAGAUGGUCAGUGUAUGUGCAGGUAAAUGUAGCACUAUUGUUCAUUAACUUUAUGUGGUGGUGGGUUGAAGAGUAAAAGAGGUUUACAUUUUCAAAUACAGCUGCAUAUUUACUGACUUCAUCUGAUUUAUGCACUCAUGUGUGUAUACACUACUUAUUUUUGUUGAAGUACUUGAAUAUUAAAGGCACAAAAAGACAAAUUUUCCAUUUUGUUAUAAACUGCAGGUGCUUUUAUACUCUGAAAUCCACAGUUUACUUUAAUCCAUAUCUUUUAAUGUUGACAGAACUGGCCUUAAAAGUUUUCUGGGAAAUUCAUCACACUCGCACACUUCAUUGUCUUAAUGCAGCUGUUUAGUUAUUCUAGGACCAAUGUCGCCAAUAGCAAGUCAGAGUUUGAGCCAUUUUGUUUCUUGCCAAGAAACUUGUGCAAUAUAUGAGUUAUUAAAGUUGAGAUGUUCAUCACGGUGAAGAAUGGAAGAUAUAUUUAAAAGGAACUUGGGGUUUCAUAAAGAAAUGGAAGUUCACUUCCUUGGCACUGUGGAGUAAAGCAGACAUUUCACACACAAAUGCAUCAGGAAGCAAAGUUAUUCUAACAUGUAAUGUAUAAACAUUAUACCUGUAGCUGUUGGUAUACUCUUCUUUCAGAUUAUUAGAGUAUUAAGUUUUUGAACACAGGCAUGUCAUUCCGAUGGCGUUAUGUAUCAAUGGGACGGGACUUUUCAGAGAAAUUUUCAUGUUUUUCUUUUUAAGUGCAUAAGCCAUGUGACCGUUUGAAAUGUUUACCUCUGUUUACAAGUUUACUUUGUUAUGAGCGUUGACCUACUGCUUCGGUCAGGUUUACGCAGUAUAAUUUCAUUCCAGACGUUUUGUGUAUUUUUGGAGGGACUGAAAUGUGCCUUGAACCUAUUGUAACACCCUGCUCUAAGCAAUGUACAAAGAAGUUAUGUAAAUAAACAUGGGCAGUGUAGUCUU